AUGAGUACAUUAAAACCAGUCCCGCCAACUAUCCCUAUCUUCUCAACUGGGGACGUCACUAAAACCUUGGGAAAUUUACACUUGCAAUCCUUUGCUCAGCCUCAACUGACACACAGCAAAUAUAUCUCGGCUUAUAUUGAGAAGAUUCCUGUUGCUAAGAUCCUUGAGUUUUGGAGUCAGGCAACGGAGAAGCCUACUGUUUACGUCCAAGUGUCAUCCUUGAAUAAAUCAGACAAUCUUUGGGAGGAGUACGGUGAGGCGAAAGUGGGUGUGAAGCUGUCGAGAUACGAUCGCAAGCCAUUUGCAUCGGCUGCCGGCAAUCAAGACCAGAGAUCUAAGACGGCUGAACGCCAUCGAAACAAUCGACCCAAGCCCUCUGACCCCAUUGAUGCACCAGUAGUUUGA